AUGUCUCCGAAGCCCCUCGUCACACACCUCUAUACCGCAGACCCUUCCGCCCAUGUCUUCAACAACAAACUCUACAUCUAUCCCUCCCAUGACCGGGAAACAGAUAUCCAAUUCAACGACAAUGGAGAUCAAUACGACAUGAACGACUACCACGUCUUCUCCAUGGACUCACCAACAGGCCCGGUAACAGACCAUGGCAUCGUUCUCUCGGCCAACGACGUCAAAUGGGUAUCAAAGCAGAUGUGGGCACCAGACGCCGCGACAAAGAACGGCAAAUAUUAUUUAUAUUUCCCUGCACGCGACAAGGAAGGGAUCUUUCGCAUUGGCGUCGCUGUUUCGUCUAGGCCUGAAGGUCCUUUUGAGCCGGAGGAUAGCUUCAUCUCUGGAAGUUACAGUAUUGAUCCUGCUUCUUUUGUGGAUGAGGAUGGAGAGGGAUAUUUGUAUUUUGGCGGGUUGUGGGGUGGUCAGUUGCAAUGCUGGAGCAAAAAUGAUGCUGGUGGUGAGAAUGAGAUGAACGGGUUGGUCUUUGACGCCUCGAAAUCUGGCCCUCAGGAACCUUCUGGUGAAGGGGUUGUGGCUCUUUGUCCGCGUGUUGCGCAGCUGUCGGAUGAUAUGCUUUCGUUCGCGGGACCACCGCGCGAGCUGCAGAUCUUGGCUCCGGAGACUGGGGAGUUGAUUCAGGCGGAUGAUCAUGAUCGACGCUUCUUUGAGGCUGCGUGGAUGCAUAAGUAUAACGGGACUUAUUAUUUCUCUUAUUCGACUGGGGACUCGCAUUAUCUGGUUUAUGCGACGGGGUCUUCGCCUUUGGGACCAUUUACGUAUCAAGGCCGGAUCUUGGAGCCGGUGCUUGGGUGGACGACGCACCAUUCUAUUGUUGAGUUUCAAGGAAAGUGGUAUUUGUUUUACCAUGAUUGUGAGUUGUCGAAGGGGGUGGAUCACUUGAGAUCCGUUAAGAUGAGGGAGAUUGUUUAUGAUGAAGAGGGGAAGAUCCAUCUGGCUGAGAGUGUAUAA